AUCAUCAGCAUCAUCAUCAUCGUCGCCGGUAUGAGUCGGAUCGAAGAGCCCAACAUGACAGAUCUAGACUAACAAACCCGCAGGGCUGUUGAAGAUCUCAAGUGUUCAAAACGCUGAAGUUAACGUGCUGGAGAACGCCUCAGUGGCAGAAAUCAGACGAAGGCACAAAUGAAACUCUGCAACUGAGAAUAAGGCACUUUCAAACAUUUUUAUUACACAAAUUCACAUAACACACACACAAUGGCACUAGACAACACCGGCUUCUCCUCGUGCCCUGAAUCCCUGUCCCUCCCAGUUCCAGAGAAAGGGGAGGAGCCUGUGGAGGAGGCCCCAAAGGAUGCUCCGCCUACCGAUGUACAGAACACAUUGGAGGAGCUGGGGCACGUCGUAACUACGGAGACAGCCCCGCCCACUCUGCCACCAUCCAAUAACAACAUGUCCUUCCAGGACAAGAUGGCUGCGAGGGAGGCGCAAGCCAAUCAGCCUAGGAAGAAAGUUCAGGGGGCGGGGCAAGAGAGGGGCAAGUUCGGAUGGGGACGGAACAAGCGUAAGAGACAGCGUUAUGUGGAGAAGAACGGCCGUUGUAAUGUGCAGCACGGUAACAUGCGCGAGACGUACCGCUACCUGACGGAUAUCUUCACCACUCUGGUGGAUCUGAACUGGCGCUGCUCUCUGCUGGUUUUUGUCAUGGCGUAUGCAGUGACCUGGCUCUUCUUUGGAGCAAUUUGGUACCUCAUCGCAUACUGCAGGGGUGAUCUGGAUCAUUUGGAGGACGAGGCGUGGACUCCAUGUGUGAAUAAUGUUAAUGGAUUCAUCUCUGCGUUUCUUUUCUCAAUUGAAACGGAGACGACCAUUGGCUACGGUCACCGUGUCAUCACUGACCAGUGUCCAGUGGGCACCAUGUUACUCCUGCUACAGGCCAUACUGGGAUCUAUGGUCAAUGCAUUCAUGGUUGGCUGUAUGUUUGUGAAGAUCUCCCAGCCGAAUAAGCGUGCAGAGACGUUGGUGUUCUCUCGUAAUGCUGUCAUCUCAUUGCGGGACGACAAGCUCUGUUUGAUGUUCCGUGUCGGAGACUUGAGAUCCUCCCACAUUGUGGGCGCUAACAUGAGAGCCAAACUUAUCAAAUCCAAACAGACACAGGAGGGCGAGUUUAUUCCACUGGAUCAGACGGAUAUCAGCGUGGGUUUCGAGACGGGGGACGAUCGUCUCUUCCUGGUGUCUCCGCUGGUGAUCUCUCACGAGAUCGAUGUCCGCUCUCCAUUCUGGGACAUGUCACAAUCUCAGCUGGAAAAAGAGGACUUUGAGAUUGUGGUCAUCUUGGAAGGGAUGGUAGAAGCUACAGGUAUGACCUGUCAGGCGAGGAGCUCUUACCUGGCUGAAGAGGUGUUAUGGGGUCACAGGUUUAGUCCCAUGAUGUCACUGGCCGAGGGAUUCUUUGACGUGGAUUAUGGAGCUUUUCACCACACAUUUGAGGUGGACACGCCCUCCUGUUCUGCGAGAGAGCUGGCAUUGGCUGCCGCCCGUUUGGACGCUCAUCUCUAUUGGUCGAUCUCCAGUCGGCUUGACGAAGAGAAAUGGGAGGGGCCUAAUCUGACUGAGCAAACGGGGAAGUCGACUGAUUCAGAAUCUGUCAGGGAGGGGGACGGGCCAACAUUUACUGUGGGCGGAGUUACAAACACCCAGGACCAAUCGGUUGUAGGAGAGCAGAACGGCAGUGUGACCACUGACCAAUCAGAGUCUGAGGCUUAAAAGGAUGCAGGAAUGUAAAAAGGUACGGAUGGAUGUUGUUCAAAGGAGCCCACAGUUGUUGUAAAUUUAACUUUAGACUGGAUUGUUCAGCGAUCCAAGCCGCCUUCUUCGAGUUAGAUUUUUAAAUGUAUAGUCGCUAAUGCCUAGCAUAGAAUACUUUCCCCAAGGGGGAAAUCCUAGUGUCUCCUUGCUGUGUUCUCAGUCGGAUCUUAACUUUUGAUGUUUCAUGAAAACACUGCCUUUGAAAUCACACAACAGCUUGGUUUAAAACUCUAGUGAGUCUGCCGUCUACUUAGGUAUCAUCCUAAUUAAAAUAAGGUGUUGUCUUAAAGGGAUAGUUCACCCAAAAAUGAAAAUUCUGUCAUAAUUUACUCACCCUCAUGUUGUUCUUCAGCUGAACAGAAAAGAUGUUUUCAAGAAUGUGAGCAAUCAAACAGUUGCCGGUUCCUACUAUGGAAGUCAAUGGGUACCAGCAGUUAUUUGGUUAACAACAUUCUUCAAAAUAUCUUCUUUUGUGUUGAACAGAAGAAAGAAACACAUUCAGGUUUGGAACAACAUGAAACAAAUUUUUGGGUGAACUAACCCUUGAACACACAAUGUCUAGAUAGGCAACUCGCUAGGUUUGACAUGUCUGAUUUGUAUUAGUACCAACCACUUGAGUCGACUUAACCGUCUUUAACGUUUCACUGCCUUUCUUUCUGAAGUGUUCAGCCAGAGCGGUACUAUUUUUAAAACAGUCUUUUAGAACAAGUCAGUGCAAGUUGUUUACAGUCACGUUGGCUAGUUUCACAUGUACCUGAAAAAGAAGUGAACGUGUUACUAUGGCGACAUUACAUUCCAAUUUGCACCAUCACAGCAGAGUUUAGCAUUAGUUUCUUAAGAGUCAGCCGGUGGUAAACUUAGCACACUCUCAUGACUGCUAAACAGAAAUUAUCCUGGGAAAGUCAUUCGGUUUGCAUCCAUGUGAUUAUGUAAGUGGAUCUAAGAGAGAUAUUGAAUGCUAUUAGGUCAUUGCAACAUUUUUUUUAACAUCCUAAUUAAAUCAGUGUAGAAGUUAACAUCAUCCUGUGAUUGAUCAGCUGUGUGCGACUGAAUACAAACACACUGCUGUUCCUUGUAUCUCUUAUUUAUUGAAUUCAAAUGUGUUCAUAGACACAGAUAACUCAUUGCUCAGUUGCAACUGCAGAUGAAAUAAGAGAGAGAGAUUUUAAAGAGGGCAUUAAAGGAAAGAUAUUAGUCAGUGAAUAUUUUCAACACAUCAACAGGCUAUUUUUGACAUAUUAUCUAACACAGUGCAACAAGGGAUGUAACAACAGCUGGGUGUUCUUACUGGUGAAGCUGGUUGACCAAGGUUAAAGGAGAAGUUCACUUCCAGAACAACAAUUUACAGAUAAUGUACUCACCCCCUUGUCAUCCAAGAUGUUCAUGUCUUUUUUUCUUCAGUCUUAAAGAAAUUAUGUUUUUUGAGGAAAACAUUUCAGGAUUUUUUUUCCAUAUAAUGGACUGAUAUGGUGCCUCGAGUUUGAACUUCCAAAAUGCAGUUUAAAUGUGGCUUCAAACAAACCCAAAUGGGGUUGCGGUCUAAUCUAGUGAAACAAUCGUUUAUUUUCAUAAAAAUAAUACAAUUUUCAUGUUUUUUAAUGUCGAAUGCUCAUCUUGUCUUCCUCCUCCCGACCUCUGUUUUUUCCGGUUCAUUUCAGUUAGGGUAUGUCGAAAAACUCCCAUCUCAUGUUCUCCCUCAACUUCAAAAUCGUUGUAUAUCGCCGUUUUACAUUUUUGUUAAAGGGGUCAGUGGAUGCCCAUUUUCCAACAGUUGAUAUGAUUCUUUAGGGUCUUAAUGAAAAGUCUAUAUCAUGCUUUGGUUAAAAUUUCUCAAUGGUAGUGUAAAUAACACCUUUUUUACCUUGCCAAAAUCAGCUCUGCAAAAAUCAUCCUGUUCUGGUCGAGGUUGCUUUAAAUGUUAAUGAGCUCUGCUCGCCCCGCCCCUCUCUUUUCUUUGUGGAGUGAAGAGCCUGUUUACUUUAGUCGCAUUUAGCCAUGUUUAUCCGCUAAACUUGCUAACUAACACGUUAUUAGGAAAGGCAAUCGCAAAGAUUCAUUAAAAAACCCUUAUACUCACUUCUGCUGUAAGUGAAGCUGGAUCACGAAUGAUUUGCGCGAACAUAGACGGAUGUAUGUAGAUCGGGAGGUGAAUUCCAUUCACAAACAAAUGUAAUCCACUGCAUCUUCAGCGGCUCAGAUGUCGGGAGUAAAUGACGACCACUACGUUCAUUAUUAUACCACACGCCACAUCGACAGGCAUCUGAGAAUGGCUCGAUUUGAAAAAGGGGAUAUUAUUUUUACAGAUUAACUGACUGCAUGGAUUUUUAUCAUUAUAGGGUAGAUGUUGUACAUACACUGCCAACACACAUUAAUGUUCAAACAACAUGAAAAAGUGAACUUUGCAUCCGAUGACCCCUUUAAGGGUGUUUGAUCUUCUUUGCAUGUCCACUUUGCAAAGACUGGGUCGGUACUUCUGUAGCGAUGUAGGAUGAUUUUGAAAUGAUUUUUGAAGUUGAGAGAGAAAAUAUGAUUAGAGUUUUUCGACAUUGUCUUGAACCAGAAUACACAGAGUUCAGGCAGAGUAAGACAAGACGAGCGUUUGAGAUUAAAAAGUAUUUAAAUUGUAUUUUUUUUUUUUUAUGAAAAUAACCAUUCGUUUCGCUAGAUAAGACCCUUCUUUCUCGGCUGGGAUCAUUUACAACCGCAUUUGGGAUCAUUUUCAUUUAAACUGUAUUUUGGAAGUUCAAACUCGGGCACCAAAUCAGUCCAUUACAUGGAGAAAAAUCCUGCAAUGUUUUCCUCAAAAAACUCUAUUUCUUUACAACUGAAGAAAGAAAGACAUGAACAUCUUGGAUGGCGGUGAGUGCAUUAUAUGUAAAUUGUUGUUCUGGAAGUGGACUUCUCCUUUAAGUUAGUCAAGAGGUUUUGUUGCAAGAGUUUUUUCUUCCCCAUAUGCUGUAUUUGAGAGUGUGCUGUUCAAGGAAAACAUGCCUGAAAAAAUAGGAAGACCAAUGAAUUCUCCAUAUUUUCCACAUGCAUACAAUAAGUAUCAAAAUGAGCAUAACAUUGAAAAAAGAUAUAAACAGCAACAUUGCCAAGUAAACAGGGUCUUUUUUUACAUUCACUGAAACAUUUGAGUUGAAGGGAACAUUUGCAGGUGUUAUUUUUUACAAGAGUUUUAAUAAGAAAUAAGAUUUUGAAAUAUCAAGACUAAAAUAUUUUUUUUUCUGGAUGGUCUCUUCAAUACCAAAAAAGUUUAACAUAGAAUUGUAGAUAUAAUUCAUAAAAAUGCAGUUGUGGUUUUUAUUUAGACACUAUGGUCAACGGAAAUGUUUAAUGGUUUGGGUUUAAAACAGUGAUCCCUAACACAACUGAAACCAGACUGAUCCUGGAUCUGUUUUAUGUUCUUUUUACAUAAUUAUGCUGAAAAUCCUCUGAUUGACAUGUGAUGUAGACAGCACUGUCAUGAGCGAUGCACUGAUGUGUGUUUGUGUAGACUAAUGUGUGUGUGGUGUAUGUUACAUGGAUCUUUAUGUGACAUAUUAAUGAAAGAUUUCAAUGAAUCAUCAUAAAGACUCAAUUCUAUUUCAAUAUACUCACUUCAGAAGGGUAAAUGUUCAUGUUUGAAUGAAUUAAAGGUCCACUCAGUAAUAUUUUUUUUAAAGUUCUCAGUUAUCAGUGCCAGUGUAGAAAUGUUUGCCAACAUCCAAGAUAAAAUUAUUCUAAAAGUUCAAAGGUUUGUGGAUGAUGAAUAGGCUGUUCUAUUCAUCAAGGCUGCAAUUAUUUGAUCAAAAAUACAGAAAAAACAGUAAUAAUGUGAAAUAUUAUUAAAAUUUUCUAUUUUAAUAUAUUUUUAAAAAUGUAAUUUAUUUCUGUGAUGCAAUGCUGAAUUUUCAGCAUCAUUACUCCAGUCUUCAGUGUCACAUGAUCCUCAAGAAAACAUUAUAAUAUGCUAAUUUGCUGCUCAAGAAACAUUUCUUAUUAUUAUCAAUGUUGAUUUAUUAUAUUGUUGAUAUUGUGAACAUAUUUAUUGCCAUUUUUUAUCAACUGAAUGUGUCCUUGCUGAAUAAAAAUAUUUUUUAAAAAUCUUACCGAGCCUAAACUUUUGAACAGUAUAUGUGACCCUGGCCACAAAACCAGUCAUAAGUCGCAUGAGUAUUUUUGUAGCAAUAGCUAACAAUACAUUGCAUGGGUUAAAAUUAUAGAUUUUUCUUUUAUGCCAAAAAUCAUUAGGAUAAGGAAAGAUCAUGUAAAUUUCCUACCUUAAAUAUUUACGAAUUUGAGUUUUUGAUUAGUAAUAUGCAUUGCCAAGAACUUUAGGCAAUUUUCUAAAUAUUUUGCUUUUUUUUUUUUUUCUCAGAUUCCAGAUUUCCAGAUUUGUAUCAACAAACCAUACAUCAAUGGAAAGCUUAUUUAUUCAGCUUUCAGAUUAUGCAUAAAUCUCAAUUUCAAGAAAUCGACCCUUAUGACUGGUUUUGUGGUCCAGGGUUACAUAUGUGUCCAAUAAUAAGGGGUAACCAAGAUAAUGUUGGUCCACAAAACCGCUUCAACCUUAUUUUUAAAAAUUCCAACAUAUUUAUUUGUGUAUUUUUUUUUUUAAAUAAAAGAAAAAUUACUGUGUGCACCUUUAAAACUUGUGUUUGAAACAGACUGAGAGAAACUGUGUGUGUUUUCCCCAGGUGUUUUAGCGUGUGCUGUCUUGUAUGUGAUUUGUAGCUCACAUGAAUGUCUUUAGCACAUACGAUAAGCACAAACUCUGAUUUAAUGCAGGUUUCUCCUCUUGCUUUUGCUGCUGUUGACAUUUUUAAAAGUAUAUGAUUUUAAGCUUUACAAUUUCUGUAUUAUAAGUCUUAAUAAAACUAUAUUCAACCUAA